CGCCAUCUUUUAUCCGUGCGUAAUGUGUCGCCACAAAACACAGCGUUGCGUUAUGAAUGAGAGUAAAUCUGACAACACCACCUUCCUCACAUAAGGAGAAGGGCUGUGCUGCAACUCUAGAGGCUCAAAGGAAACCUGAUGCAAAGUGUUUCACCUGAAAAUACACCUAAUACCAGAGGACGCCUGCGUUUAGUGAAUAAAACACCCCAAAAAUAGAUAAAAACCUGAAACCACACGCACAGUCCAGCUGUAGCUUCUUCUUUUUUUUCCUCCUGUGGGUCGUUUGUGUCUCCACAUUAUUGAUUCCCAGAGGCUGCUGCUGCUGCUUGUGCUGCCCAAUAGGCUCCUGAGACAGUUUUUUUUUUUUUUCAAAGGGAUGGGAGCAGAUGAAGUGAUGAGAUUGGUGUAACUUUUGGAUGACCCCUUCUUGACAAAGACAGUGUCCAUCAAUUGUCUCCAGUCAUUAUUCGCUGCUUUUAUGCCGACGGGCUUUUUGUAUCUUUUGUUGGACUCUCUGUUGAACACAACGCCUUCAAGUUAGACCACAGAAAGUCUUCUAUUUUUACUUCAGCAUGCUUAAAACAUCCUUCAUCCCCUAUAUGUUUAUUUUCUUCAUAAAUAUAAAGUUAAAUAUUUAAAUCAGGAGCUUUUAUUUUUUUAUUUUUAUUAUUUUUCAGCAUCUCUUUUUAAUCCCCAAACAUAGACGCAAGUGUUUCAGAGGGCUAUGUGUGUGUAUUUUUCCCCACCAGGGUCUAAUUUUGGAUCUUAAGUUGGGUAAAAAUGUAUUUAGUUGUAUGUUUACCCGUGUUUGGACCAGCAUCACCUCCAUUGGCCGAUCUGGUCACAUGGUUCGCUAACUUUAUUCAGUUGACACCAAGUAGGAGGGCUUUAUGGAGGGAGGAAAAAAAGACAACUCGAGAAAAAUUAGUAUUUUCUACCUUCAGAAAUUAAUGGCCAUGAGUUCGUAUAUGGUGAACUCUAAGUAUGUGGAUCCCAAAUUUCCUCCCUGCGAGGAAUAUUCACAAAAUAACUAUAUACCUGAGCAGGGCUCGGACUACUACAGUCCAUCGCAGGACACAGACUUUCAGCAUCCAGGGAUCUACCCACGGUCAAACUACACGGAGCAGCCCUUCAGCUGCAACACUGUGCAGGACUCCACAGUGCAGCCACGGGGUCAUGUGCACGAAAGAUCCAGCCAGCCGAGCCAUUUUAGCGCACAGACUGAGCAGGGGGCCCCGGUCCAAGUGGCCGGACCCCGGACUUGUGGACAGCAGCAAAACACAAAGAGCCAAAAUGGGAUACAAGCCAAGCAGCCUGCAGUAGUUUACCCCUGGAUGAAGAAAGUUCACGUAACAACUGUAAACCCGGAUUACACAGGAUCAGAGCCCAAACGGUCCAGAACAGCUUACACCCGGCAGCAGGUCCUGGAGCUCGAAAAGGAGUUUCAUUUUAACAGGUAUCUGACCAGGCGGCGGCGGAUUGAGAUUGCCCACACUCUUUGUCUCUCCGAAAGGCAAAUCAAAAUCUGGUUUCAGAACAGACGGAUGAAAUGGAAGAAAGAUCACAAACUGCCCAACACCAAGGGCAGAUCUGCACCAGCCUCCAGCCAUCUGCAGAGCAUCCAGAAGGACAACCAGACUGAUAUCACAGCGUUAUAAGAGAGAGGAGGCUGUCCUGCUAUCUCUAGACAUUAACUGUACAUAAAAAAGAGACAAAGGUUGCAUCUGACUUUUGCAUGGACUGAUGUCGUUUUUAGCCAUUUGUUUUUUAAUUUUAUUUUUUUAAUUUAACAAAAAAAAUGCCCCAACAGUGUUGACACAAGACUGAGUCAGAAAAAUCUUUAUAAGUGAGAGUAUUUUUUUUUUUUGCAAGUUGAGCCUCUUCUGUGUUUUAAUUUCCUUUUAAAGACACAGAAAAAACAUCGAAACAAACUUUUUUCUCCUCCCUUUUUUUUUUGGACGUUACCCCCCUUGAGGACAUUUAUUACGCAGACUCGGCCCGAAUUCAUGGAUUAAGAAAACAAAAAAAAUCUCCUCUACUCACUUGGAUUCACGAUGCUUUAAAGAUUAAAACAUCCCUAUAAUAGUAAUAAUUUAAAAAAUCAGGGGUCAUUCGUUGAAAUUACGCACACACGAGGCUUAUUUCAGUUUUUCUCCAAAUGAAACGCACCAUUUUUACGCACAAUAUAUAUACUUGAAGGAAGCAUUAUUUGCAUAGAGCACGCCAAACACUCCUCAAAAUACUUUCGUAAGUUGCAAAAUUGUCCCGCUGAUUUUUUUUUUUUUUUUCUUUUUUUGUGAAUUGUAUGUUUUAACUUAUUUUGUACAAAAAAAAAGCUUUGAAUUUUUUUCUUAGCCUAAAUAUUAUUCCCAAACGUAAGACAUUCCUGUGUGCAAACUAUUCAGAGUGCCCUUAUAAAUCUCUCCUGACAUCUUUGUAAACAGUGUACAUUUUCAGAGGCUCUCUCAUGCUAUUUGAAACUCACAUAUGAAAGAUCAUUUGUUUCCUGCAUGGCAUCAAAAAAGGAAAGGAAAAAAAAAGAUAUUUGGAUGUUUCCUCGUCGGAAACAAUCAAAUCCUGAAUAUUUAGGAGUAUAAUUGUUUAUUUUUCUUGAUACGAUUUUCAUUAUUUAUUUGUUUAAAAACAAACGUGUAAAUUUUUUCCUAUAGCACACAAUUUAAUUAAAAGUAUUCGUUAAAACGUUUAUUAUUCUGAAAUAAGUUGGAACUCUUGUGCAUUAUUAGCAUGGCUUUAUGCAAAGUUUUUUAGUCUUAGUUGAUAUGGGAAUCUUAUAGUUUCUUUUUUUUUCUCUUCUCAUUUACAACAAACCCAGCCGAGGGGGGGCUUUCAGGUCACGUCUCAAGACAGAUAUUUCUUGUUUUAUACCGUCAUUGUCCUCGGACAAGAAAAGCCCAGAAGCUCUCCCAGUAUGAGGAGGUCUCCUCUCUUGAAAGUCUUCGUGAUGAGAGACUUGAAAAGGUAUUUCAACCGAAGGUCGACAAAAGCAGCAGUGGCAGGUUCAUCCAGGGGACACAUUUCAGCCGCAAGGACUGACCCCAACACCCCCUGACCCGCCGGACGAUUUUCUCUCCCAGGCGCUAUUCGCUUUGCUUCUUGGAGGGCUGAUCCACACUUUUAAGAAACACACACUCACACACAAAAAACGAGGCUCAUUCAAAGUAAGAAGCAGCGGAUUCCACAGUUUUAGCAGUAUUAUAUUCAUAUCAGCCCACCGAGGGAAAAACAAAAAGGUUCUGAUUUGUGCAUUUGUCUCCUCAUGUCAAUAUGCAAAAUCCUUCUUGUUGUUAUUUUUGUACAUGCUUUUUACCUUGUACUGUGCAUUGAGAUGUGAGAAGUAUAUUGGAAAAAAUAAAGAUUUCUACUGAUUAUGCAUUUAAAUAUUUGCAAGAAAAAAAA